AUGUAUCGGAAGUUGUCUAAGUUAGAACACUCGGAAAUAAAACAACUUCUUACAGAAGCUAAUAUAGAUGUUGCAAAGCAUUACGCAACAAACAAAAAAGCACUCGCUGACAUCCUCAAUGACUAUAAUGGUGCAAUAAGUUAUGAUAGAAUUCAUGAGUUCAUAAAGCCGCAACGCGGCGAGGACGAAGUCCAUGCAAGAGCAUUUCCUUUAAAUGACGUUGCUAUUGACUUAUAUCAUAGACGUUCAGUACCUCAUGAAGUAAGAAGAGAAAUGUAUGACAUAACAAAUGUGAACGUUGGUGAAACAAGAAGAAGAGACGACACACUGAAACAACAGAGAAGAGAGAUGUUUAAGAGCGCUAUAGAACAAGUUCGCAAAGCUAACGAUGUCCUUCGUUCCAUUGACGACAAACCAAAAGAAGGUGAGAGAUGGUUAAAGAAAGAUGAAGAGAAUAGGAAGAGGAAUGUUAAGACAGGCAAUAGACUCAUUGACUUUAACAUCGAAGCUUUAGAUGAACCAAACAGAGACUACUUACACAAACAUUUCGGUAAGGUUUUCAUGAGACUCUUAGAGAAGAUUAAAAUAAACUCCCAACAAAGAUGGAUGGUAUGGUAUAAACUUGGUGGAAAGUAUGA